AUGGAAUUAAAUAAAAGUGAAAUUAAAAUGGCAACAAAUAUUGAGCCAUUAAAAGAACAAGAAAAUGAAUUAAAUGAAAAAUUAAAGAAAACCACAAUUAGUAAAACUGGAAAAAAUAAUAAAUUGAAAAAAAAUGAAAAGAAAUUAAAUAAAAAAUAUAAAGGAUUAAAAUGGAAAAAAACAAUUAAAAAGUUUGUAAAAGAUUACCCAGAUGGUUCAAUUCCAGUUGAUGAUUUAAGAAAAAUGGUUAUCUCUAAACAAUUAUCAAGAAUUGAAAAAGAUUUAAAAAUCAUUUUCAAUGAAAAGAUUCAAGAACCAACAAAAAUGUAUGCACUUGUUGGUCAUGAAGUAAAAAGAUUACAAUUUUUCCCAAAACAAUAA